AUAACUUGAUGUCGUUCAACGUCACCUUUCCUGCUCGAGCUUUUGGCAAUUGAGCUACUGUGUUCUGUGUAGAAAGACCUAGCUAGCUUUCAGUGCACAGCUAGCGAACACCACCUUCCAGCACCGUAUAUCAGAUCUAAGGAGAACCGUGUCAGUGAUAAAAUGAAGAGGCGGAUACACUUUGGGGUUGUGCUGGUUUAUUCGCUAGUCUCGUAUUUCUCUUCGUGCUCUGCGUUUUAUCUUCCGGGUUUAGCCCCGGUGAGUUUCUGUGAAGACGGAAAAGGCACUGAAGAUUGCCAGACACGCAUUACGCUGUUCGUAAACCGCUUGGACUCAGUGGAGUCAGUCCUGCCUUAUGAGUAUGACGUGUUUGACUUUUGCAAAGAUGCCAAGGAAAUGAGGCCUUCUGAGAACCUUGGACAGGUGCUGUUUGGUGAACGAAUUGAGUCGUCACCAUACGAGGUCUUAUUUAAACAAAAUGUUCCAUGCAAGGCGUUGUGCACCAAAACCUACAAGAAAGGCAACCAGGAGGAUGCAACCAAACUGGAUUUCCUUAAGAUGGGAAUGCAGCUGAACUACCAGCACCACUGGAUCAUUGACAACAUGCCGGUGACAUGGUGUUAUGAUGUGGAAGAUGGUCAGAAGUACUGCAACCCGGGCUUCCCCAUCGGCUGCCUCGUCACCGCCGAAGGCCGAGCUAAAGACGCUUGUGUUAUCAAUUCCGAGUUCAACAAGAAGAACACCUUUUACAUCUUUAACCAUGUGGACAUCAAGAUCACUUACCACAGCGGGGCAGGAGAAGAGUGGAGUGGGGCUCGGCUGGUCGCUGCCACUCUGGAGCCGAAGAGUAUCAAACAAACAGAUGAGAAAGCCCUAAAUUGUGGCCUAAACGACCCAAUGGAGGUCCCUGGGACGUUCGAUGGCGAUCUGUCGGUAGUUUACACCUACUCGGUCAAAUUUGAGGAAAACAAUUCUAUCAAGUGGGCUUCUAGGUGGGACUACAUCCUGGUGUCCAUGCCCCAUACCAAUAUCCAAUGGUUUAGCAUCAUGAACUCCUUAGUCAUCGUCCUCUUCCUGUCUGGCAUGGUUGCCAUGAUCAUGCUGAGAACCCUGCACAAGGACAUUGCCAGAUACAACCAGGUGGACCAGGGAGACUUGAUAACGGUUCCAACGACCAAGGAAAUAUCCUCUUUGCUCUACGAGGACGCCCAGGAGGAGUCUGGCUGGAAGCAGGUGCACGGCGAUGUUUUCCGCCCCCCCAGGAAAGGCAUGCUGUUGUCCGUGUUCCUCGGACAGGGCACCCAGAUCUUCAUCAUGACGUUCAUCACUCUCUUCCUGGCCUGCCUGGGUUUCCUGUCACCGGCCAACAGAGGGGCGCUCAUGACCUGCUCCGUGGUCCUCUGGGUCCUGCUGGGGACGCCUGCCGGCUACGUGUCUGCACGCCUCUACAAAACUUUUGGAGGUGAAAAGUGGAAGACGAACGUCUUGCUGACGGCCCUCCUGUGCCCCGGUAUCGUGUUUGCGGACUUCUUCCUGAUGAACCUGAUCCUCUGGGUGGAAGGCUCCUCGGCAGCGAUCCCCUUUGGCACUCUGGUGGCCAUCUUGGCUCUCUGGUUUGGAAUCUCUGUGCCCCUGACCUUCAUUGGUGCCUACUUUGGAUUCAAGAAAGCCGCAAUUGAGCAGCCGGUGCGAACAAACCAAAUCCCCCGCCAGAUUCCCGAGCAGUCCUUCUUCACCAAGCCCAUUCCUGGUAUAGUGAUGGGUGGAAUCCUGCCCUUCGGCUGCAUCUUCAUCCAACUGUUUUUCAUUCUCAACAGCAUUUGGUCACAUCAGAUGUACUACAUGUUCGGGUUCCUCUUCCUGGUUUUCAUUAUCUUACUCAUCACGUGCUCUGAGGCCACAAUUCUGCUCUGCUACUUCCACCUGUGUGCUGAGGACUACCACUGGUGGUGGCGUUCCUUCCUGACCAGCGGCUUCACGGCAGUCUACCUGUUCAUCUACGCCAUUCAUUACUUCUUCUCCAAGCUUCAAAUAGUUGGAGCUGCGAGCACCAUCCUCUACUUUGGAUACACUUUGAUCAUGGUCCUCAUCUUCUUCCUCUUCACAGGUACAAUUGGCUUCUUUGCCUGCUUCUGGUUUGUAAACAAGAUCUACAGUGUGGUGAAGGUGGACUAGAGUGACUCCUCCUCGGUGCUGGCUGGGGAUGAAGUGGUCUGAACGGCCCACGAACUGAAACCAUCACAAAACCUGAAGAGCAGAGCCCGUCCCCCUUUGUGCUUUAAACCUACGUUACUAUUGUUUUCUUUUGAUUUCAUAUAUAUAUAUACAUAUACAAAAAAAUAUGUGUGUAAUAUAUAUAUAUAUA